UGCUGCGCAUGCGCAGCCCGGAGGAGGCUGGAGCGGUGCAGAUGGGGAGGAAGUUCCAGCUUGGCACGGGAGGCUGGGCUGUUGAAUCUCACGUUGCCCUGCUGGCGGUGCGGUUAAUGUCUGGGUUCUGAACCUCGCGCCCGGCACGCCCCUCCCGGGCUCUCAACCUCAUUUAAUGUACAGGAUGAGUGGUGCUCAUUGAAUAGUAUUUAAGUCAAGUUGGCUUGAAAAAGUGGAAAGAAGAUGUUUCAUGUUGUUCGGUAUAAGUGUCUAAAAUUAACACAGAACGUUGGUUCUAGUGUACAUCGAAAGUUGAUUUUUCCAAGAACGCUUGCAUUUGCACAACUGUGGAAAUCAUGGCUCUCAACUCUCUCUCUUGUUGGAGACCAGAAUAUUGUCCUGAUGGGACCUCCUGGAGCUGGGAAAACAACAGUUGGGAGAAUAGUAGGUCACAAACUUGGCUGUCAUGUCAUAGAUGUGGAUGAUGAUGUCCUUCAAACAACCUGGAAUAUGAGCGUGACAGAAAAAUUGCAGGAUGUUGGUAGUCGGCAAUUUAUAGAAGAGGAAGGAAAAGCCCUGUUAAAGUUUUCAGCAUCUGGAAGUGUAAUUUCCCUUUCUGGGUCCAAUCCAAUGCAUGCUGCCAGCAUGCAGCAUGUGAAGAAAAACGGGAUUGUUGUGUAUCUGGAUGUACCCACAAGAGACAUAAUAGAUAGGCUGGAAUUAAUGAAAGUGGAUCGUAUUGUGGGGCAGGAUUCUGGAAUUUCUGUGAGAGACAUACUUCAGUUUAGGAAGCAAUUUUAUAAAAAAUGGUUUGAUAUCCGUGUUCGUUGUGAAAGUGGACUUACAGCAGAGGCUGUAGCAGAUAAAGUACUUGAUGCAGUUAAGAGAUAUCAAGACUCAGAAUCAGAAACUUUUAUUUCAACCAGACAUAUAAGGUCUGAAAUGUGUGAGCAAAAAUAUUUCACUGAAGUUGUUGUUGAGGGCCUAGCAUCUGAUGGUGGACUCUUUGUUCCUGAGAAGGGGCUCCCAACAUUCUCUGCUGGAGAAUGGCAGAGCUUAGUAGAAGCAACGUACAUUGAAAGAGCUCAGAUUAUAUUGGAAAGAUUCAUACAUCCUGCUGAUAUACCUGCUUUCAAGCUGGGAGAAAUUGUUGAGAUUGCUUAUGGAGAAAACUUUACUUGUUCUAAAAUUGCCCCUCUUAGGUAUCUGACAGGCAACCAGUUUCUCCUUGAGUUGUUUCAUGGACCAACAGCCUCAUUUAAGGAUUUGGCAUUACAGUUGAUGCCUCAUCUAUUUGCAUACUGUAUUCCCAAAAGAUGCAAUUAUUUGGUCCUAGUAGCUACUUCUGGAGACACAGGAAGUGCUGUCCUAGAUGGUUUUAGUCGUCUUAGUGAUACUGACAAGCAAAGAAUUGCUGUGGUCACUUUCUUUCCUGAGGAUGGAGUAAGCCAGAUUCAAAAAUCACAAAUGAUUGGCUGCCAAAGAGAAAAUGGGUGGUCAGUGGGUGUUAAAUCUGAUUUUGAUUUUUGCCAGACAGCUAUAAAAGAAAUAUUUACCAAUUCUGAUUAUUCUGGCUUUCUUACUGUAGAAUAUGGAACAGCUUUAAGUGCAGCAAAUUCUAUAAACUGGGCUCGACUACUUCCCCAAAUUAUUUAUCAUGCCUCUGCCUACCUUGACCUUGUUCAUCAAGAUAUUAUUACUUUUGGAAGCCCAAUAGAUGUGUGUAUUCCUACAGGAAACUUUGGCAACAUAUUAGCUGCAUUAUAUGCAAAAAGGAUGGGAAUCCCUAUCAGAAAAUGUAUUUGUGCAUCCAAUGAAAAUAAUGUUUUGACCGAUUUCAUAAGAACAGGUCUUUAUGAUUUAAGGGGAAGAAGAUUAAUGCAGACUUCAUCACCAGCAAUAGAUAUUUUGAAGUCUUCCAACCUUGAACGACAUUUGCACCUGAUUGCUAGUGGUGAUGGACAGCUGGUGACACAAUUAUUUAGUGAGCUGGAAAAGCAAUGUCACUUUCAGUUGCAGAAAGAUCUGCUUGAGAAGCUUCAGCAAGACUUGGUGGCUGGGUGGUGCUCUGAGGAGGAUUGCCUAGCUGCUAUCCAUUCUGUAUACAGUACUACAGGGUAUAUUUUGGACACACACACGGCUGUUGCUAAAGUAGUUGCAGAUCGAUUACAGGAUAGAACAUGCCCAGUUAUCAUUUCAUCUACAGCUCAUUAUUCCAAGUUUGCACCUGCUAUCUUGCGGGCUUUGAGGAUUGCAGAAAUAAAACAGAAUCCAUUAAGUCAGCUUCACUUACUGAGCUCUUACAGUCCUUUGCCUCCAGUCCAUAGGGGCCUGUUAGAAACAUUGAAAGAGAAUGAGAAGCAGAAACAUCAGAUCUGUGCUGCUGAUGUGAAUGUCAUGAUGGCACAUAUAGAAACUGUAAUACAAAAUCAGUUUAUGAAAGUUUUCUAAGUAAACUCAGUGUUUAUUAUACCAAUUUAAAUGUUUUCUCUUCACUUAAAAAGUCAUGUUUUAAUAAAUGCAUAGUACACAAGGUCUUUAAGUUUAUAUUCUGAGUAUACUUUCUCAUUUUCAUGGUCAGUUAAAACAUUUUAACAUUGAUUUAAAAUUUUUUUGCAUGCAUGUGAGAAUUCUAAUGCUGGUGAACGGUUCUUGCUUGAAAGCCCAAGAGACUGAGGGGCUAUUUUACAGAAAUAGUAUAGUAUGGACAGCAGUAGCGCAUGCUUCCUCACAUAACCCUGGCAGUGUGCCUCAAUCCUGACCUGGGAGCGAGCACUUCUAAGGUGAAGGGGUAAUAGUAUCUGAAAUUGCUAACAAGUGCUACAGUUGUGUUGUUGUAUAUAUGGUAUGUGCUGUGAAUACUUGCCCAUUGCGAAUUUAGCUAAACAUUAAAACUAAUCUCACGCAGGGCAUUGAAAAGCCGGUGUAGUAAGAGCUUUCAUCUUCUCUUCAGCUGGGAUACAUUUAAACUGGAAUGCUUGAAAUUAAAUUACCUAUAUCAUCGUAUCCAUGCAAUCCUACAUAUUUUAAUAUGCUCUCUCUGUAUACAUUGUUUUUGUAUUGACUAUAUAAUCAUGUAUUCUUGUUCACUGUUAAACAUUUUUUUCUUGCCAUAGGGGACAGUCUUUUGCCUUAUAAAAUAAAAGCCUCCAGUCUGUAUGUUUUA